GGUAACAAAACCAACGUCGGUUUUGAUGGACGGCAACCAGUGAAAGGGGAGGCAACAUGGCGGAUGAUUUGUCGUACGGUGUAGUGCCGGCGUAUUAUCGAGAGGUGUAUGACAUCGUUUGCCCGAACCCGCGGGAUGGAAAAGUUGAUCAAGAUAUGUUUGUGAAGAUUCUUGUCAAGUCAAGUUUACCAAAGCAAACAUUAAGUUCGAUAUGGGAAGCUGCAGACAGCAAACAAGGCUACCUAACUAGGAAUGGCCUGUACAAGGCACUGGCACUAACAGCACUGGCACAGCAAGGCAAACCCAUCAGUGAGAAAAUACUUGAAAAUUAUGGCAAAGAAGAACUACCGAAGCCCCACCUCGGGGACCUCAGCGACCUAAGGACGCUUAGUGCUCAGGUCAGACGAGAGAAGAAUCCCAACGUUCUCAACUUUUCCUACAAAGACCUUGUGGAGUUGGAUUCCAUUUCCAUCAAUCUAGUACCGGAGAAGAAAGGGCUUCUUUUAAAACAUGUAGAAUAUGAAAUUAAAAGUGAGUAUCUUAAAUCUUGUGUGAUGCGAAGGUACAGUGACUUUGAUUCCCUCUACGACAUGCUGACAUCUCGUUACCCGUACAGAAUGGUACCCAGACUUCCACCUAAGAAAAUGCUUGGAGCAAACCGUGAAUUCAUCGAGGGACGGCGGAAGGCCUUGGUCCGAUUUAUGACCUUGGUCGUUAGGCAUCCUGUAUUUCACGGGAGUGACAUCAUUAGGUAUUUCCUCACUUAUCAAGGAUCGGACAUACAACACAGAAUCAAGGAGCAAUUCCGAAGCGUCCCAGACGAGUACGUGACCAGCCCCCUCGCCCUGACAGCCAAGGACUUGGUGCCCAUGGACACCCAGAUUCAGUAUGGUAACGCCAGGGAGCACAUUAAGAAACUUUUCAACAGUGUCAACCAACUCAAAUGCAUCGUGGAUCAAAUGACCAUCAGAUCAACAGCCAGCGCCAGCGACAUGUUAAUGAUGGCCAAGGAGUUGAACACCCUCGGCAGUGAGACGCAGAUUGCAUCAACGUGGGCCAUGGGGAUCAACGAAUCUUGGCCAAAGAUCAAGACCGGCCUCAAGGCCAUCUCGGUAGAGUUUGCUGCCCUCAGUGAUAAACAUGCAACGCAGGGCAAAAGAGAAGACAACAAUGUUGCAGAGCGGUUAGCUUUAAUUCUAGACCUCUUACAGUCUUAUAAGGAUCUUUGCGACCGACAUGAGAAGGGUGUUCUGAAGGAUCAUCAGAGCGCUUUGGCCAAGAUGGGCAACAUCAAGAAGAAGAAGAUGUCAGCAACAAUCCGAGGCUCAGAACAUGUCGGAGAAGUGGAACAGCUCGAAUCUAGGAUAAUUGAGCAAGAGAGCCAGAUUAUGACGAUGGAGAACAGAAACUAUUUUUCCCUACACUGCAUUCAGAUGGAGACGCAACUGGUCCACGCUAACAUCGACAUUCUAGCUGAGGUGGUACAGGCACUAGCCAAGACAGAGCUGCAGGGUCACAAAGAGCUAACGCAAGUUUGGGAAGAUACCACCACAAAAGUAAACACUCACAUGUCCGCAGACUCAGCAUCCCCUUGACCCCAGCUCAACUACCCCCUCGCCCCCCACCUGAUCAUUUUAUGUCAAGAAAAGUCACAUGCAAGAUCCGGUUACAGCCAGUUCUUUCCAGAUCCGGUUACAGCCAGUUCUUUCCAGAUCUGGUUACAGCCAGUUCUUUCCAGAUCCGGUUACAGCCAGUUCUUUCCAGAUCCAUCCAGUUUCAUCUGGCAUCUUCAUGGCGACACACAGGUCAUAGUACGCCCUCACUGCCAUGCUGGGCUCAUGGGGAAAGUCAUUUCAUCAUAAACCACCAUGGAUUGAGUUUGCUUUUUCUAAAUUUUGUAAAUUUAUUUUAUUUGUAUUGACAGAAAGAAAUUUUAUGAACUUUUUUUUAAUGGGUCAAAAGAAAGUGCAGGUUAAACUUUAAAACCAUUUUGAACUUUAAAAAAAAAAGCAUUAUGGCUCUACGAAUCAACUUUAAGUUUUUGUGUUCUUCCAAAAACCAAAUGGCUAGCCAUCGUCAUCGAGAAGGUUUCUGAUGAUUUUGGUUCACAACUUUUGAGUGUGUUCCAAAUGAUCCCAAAUCCACAUAAGCUUGGCGAUAUCACGAUAUUAUCGAAUAUCGCGAUAUUAAUUUGGAAACGAUUUCGAUAUCGGUUCGAUUUGGUUUUA